AUGGCGUCUGACGACCAGCAGUCCAGCAUGCUGGAAGCUCUACAGGAAAUUCAGCGCACGCAGGCUCUUCUAGUGAACGCGGUCGAAUCGCUUUCUGGUAGAUCAAUCGAAGAAUCAGGUGGAGAUGCUGGCAAGAACACCAUCCUUGAGCCAGGUUCUCGUGAAGAUGACAAUGAGGGUGGAGCGCCUUCAGUAGAAGUUCCUGCUGCCUCUGGAGACAAAUUGAAAGCUCCUGCGCUCCCCUCACCCGACCAGCGCCAGCAGCAAGGAUUCACAUCGCGUAUUAUUCUGACGACUUACCCCAAGCAGAUUGGAAUUAAUCCUUUGCCCAUGGAAUGGGGGAAUCAAGACCCCGUUAAGCGUGGCCCUAUCGUAGUUUCAAGGGCUGCUUCUACUAUUCGACGUCGUAAUGGUUCGUCCGUCCGUCCGUCCGUGUCUGUGAUGCAUCCGUUGGAGCCCAGUGAGUUAUCAAUCACCGUUCACUUCGAGGGAAACUAUGCUAAACAAGUGGUUAGUGGUGGUUCGUACUCGAUCUACUAUGCCCUCGCCGUCGCCAGUAACGAAUUGAACGCCGACCACCGUCCCGACUUCACCAACACCGAGCCGGCCGCGAACAUUGGCCCUUUCCCUCAAUGGGGAGACCCCAAGAAGAUUGUUGCCAUGGACCCCUGGGGACAUCUCGCCCCUUGGCUGUUCAAGGACACCAUCGAGAAGGACAACGUCGAUAUUCGACCGACCAUUGCCAUCACCAAGGCUCAUAUGAAGCUUCCUGAACUUGCCGAGAGUGUCAAGGCUGGCAGACUGGUACCCGAUGGCAAGGUUUGCCUGAAUGAUCAGGGUGAACUGGCAGUGACCAAGUUUGCUGUUGAACCAGUCUGGUACCUCCCCGGUGUGGCAGAGCGAUUCGGAAUCGACGAGGCCACCCUACGACGCUCCCUGUUUGAGCACACAGGAGGAAGCUACCCGGAGCUUAUCACCCGCGGAGACAUUAAAGUAUUCCUUCCUCCGAUUGGCGGUCUCACUGUGUACUGCUUCGGAGAUCCAGCCAAGAUGUCGGAUGAGUCGGUUCGACUGUCUCUGCGAAUCCACGACGAGUGCAACGGUAGCGACGUGUUCGGAUCUGAUAUCUGUACUUGCCGUCCUUACUUGAUCUUUGGUAUCGAGGAAGCUGUCAAAGAGGCUCAGAAUGGUGGCAGUGGUGUUGUCAUCUACUUCAGAAAGGAAGGCCGUGCGUUGGGAGAGGUCACCAAGAGGACCGAGAACAUUGCAGGUGUCAAGGACAUGCGAUUCCAGGCUCUCAUGCCGGAUAUCCUGCACUGGCUGGGCAUCAAGAAGAUUGACAGGAUGCUUAGCAUGAGCAACAUGAAGCAUGAUGCGAUUGUCGGACAAGGAAUCCCUAUCCAUGAGAGGGUCGAGCUUCCAGAAGAACUGAUACCCGCUGACUCGCGAGUCGAAAUUGACGCCAAGAUUACAGCUGGCUAUUUUACCACUGGCAAACGUAUGACUACCGAAGAGCUCCAGGCGGUCCAGGGAAGAAUAUGGGAAGACUUCGAUCAUUAA